AUGAAUGAUUCAACAUCCUUCAUCACUGGUUAUAAGCCUAUACACCUAUUGGUUGUUAACCCAUUUACUGUAUUGAAAGAUUAUCAUUUGUCACCUCUAACUAAAAAUGAAUUGUCAAUAAGUAAUGUCGUGCCAAUAUCUUUCAAAUUUCCACUGCCAUUAUAUUCACCAAAGGAAAACUCUUUGAACCCAGAGUUUGUUACACUAAUAGGUCAAAUUAUCUAUUCUUUUUUCAUAUUAUUCAUUAUUUUCCAAUCCAUAAGUUUAUUUUUCGACUCAAGAAAGAAAUCGUUGAAAUCAUAUACUUCAACUCCAGUAACUCAGAUUUUCAAAUAUUUUGCCACAUUCACUGAAAUUAUACUAUUAGGAGUUAUUUAUAUUGAACAUAAUAAGAGUUUAAUAAUUUUUGAGUUAGUUGCCGUAGCUGCGUCUUUGAUAAGUUUCUUAAUUGAAUUUAGAACAUCACCAAUUGCUACUGUCUCAAGCUCAUUAUUUUGGAUCGUUAAUGUUUUAUUUACAUUGGUAAUAUUUAUACAAGAUACCUAUUCAAGUCAUAAAAUUUAUGCAUUUAACGGGGUAAGUUAUACUUCAAGUGGUUUUAGUUUAUUAUUAAGUUUAACUAUUCUGGUUUUGGAAGUAGCGUUUUACAAACCUGGUUAUGAUAUAAGUAACGAGUCAUUUAAUGAGAAAAUUAGUUUCUUAUCAUCUUUCACAUUUUCAUUUAUUCAUCCAGUUAUUGAUAAAAUUUAUAAAACUAAUGAUAUCACAGUCAAGGAUUUACCUGAUUUGAUAGGAAAUUUAAAGGCAGAUAUAGUAAGACACACAUUUACCAGAAAUUGGAACUACGAAUUGAAUAAAAAACCAGGAUUGAUACAAAGAUGGUUUUACAAUAAUAAAACAAAGGCAAUUCCAAGUUUAACCUGGGCAGUUUUCAAGUCAUUUUCAGGAAAUAUUAUACUAAAUCUUGGUUUAACCUUAAUUUUCACUGCUUUAUCAUAUAUCCAACCAUUUAUCCUUCAACGUUUCAUCCAGUAUUUCCAAAAAUAUUUUUAUAGUGUCGAAAAACCUCCGCUUAUAAUUGGAUAUUAUUGGGCUUCAGUGAUGUUUUUAGUCUCAGUCGUUGAUUUUGUUGUCAAAAAUCAAGCUUCAUUGAUCCAAUCCAAAUUUAGUAAUGCAAUGAGAACUACUUUGAAUACCGCAAUUUACGAAAAGGCAUUAAAAUUAUCACCAGAAUCAAGAAAGAAGAAAUCAACUGGUGAUAUAAUAAAUAAUAUUUCGACUGAUGUAUAUACAAUCUUUGGUUUCACUGCUUCAUUAGAUGAUUAUGCCUUAAGUCCACUCAACCUUGUUCUAAGUUUAAUUUUAUUAUACAACUUUUUUAAAAAUGCAGCGUGGUUUGGUUUUGGUGCUGCUAUUAUAUUAUGUCCUAUUUUCUCAAUUGCUGCAGCACCAAUGUAUAAGAAUUAUCUCAAGAUGAUGAAAUUCAAAGAUGAAAGAACCUCAUUAGUAACUGAAAUCUUAACUUCGGCAAAAAGUGUUAAAUUAUAUUCAUGGGAAAAACCAAUGUUAUCAAAAUUAUAUCAUAUAAGACACGAUAAAGAGUUAAAACAAGUUAGUAAAAUAGGUAUCAUUCAAGCAUUGGUUUCAUUUUUAUUUUCAUGUUUACCUUUCGGUAUAAGUUGUGCAACAUUUUUAGCAUUUACAAUCAUGUAUAAAACACCACUAACUGCAGAUGUGGUAUUUCCAGCAUUAGUUUUAUUUGAUUUAUUAAUUCGUCCCAUGUUGAUGAUUCCCAAUUUAAUUACUUCAGUUGCCAGAUUUAGAACUAGUAUUAAUAGAGUAUCUGAGUUAUUAACAUUAGAUGAAAUAUCAGGAGAUUUACAUGGUUAUUUAAAUAAAUCAAGUGAUGUGGAUGCUUCAAAUGACUCAGUUAUUAUUAAAAAUGCAACAUUUGUAUGGAAUGAAGUUGAACCUGAAGAAUCAAAGGAUGAAGAAGAAACUGUUGAAUCUGAACAUAAUAAUGUAGCAUUAAAAGAUGUAAAUUUUGUGGCAAAGAAGAGUAAAUUGACUUGUGUUGUUGGAAAAGUGGGAAGUGGUAAAACAACAUUGUUAAGAUCUAUCUUAGGUGAAAUUCCAUUAAAAAUUCCACAAUAUACAGAUGAAUCAAAUAGUGUAGCUCCUAGUAUUGAAGUUUAUGGUAAUGUAGCUUAUUGUCCUCAAGAUCCUUGGAUUUUAAAUUCAACAGUGAAAGAAAAUAUCCUAUUUGGUUUUAGAUAUGAACCUGAAUUUUAUCAAAGAGUAGUCGAAGCUUGUGAGUUAUUAGCUGAUUUUAAAAGUAUGCCUGAUGGUGAUUUAACAUCUGUCGGUGAAAAGGGUAUUUCAUUAAGUGGUGGUCAAAAGGCAAGAAUUUCAUUAGCUAGAGCUGUUUAUUCAAGAGCUGAUAUUUAUUUAUUAGAUGACGUUUUAUCUGCUGUUGAUGCUCACGUUGGUAAAGCUUUGAUUAAACAAAUUUUAAGUGAUGAUGGUAUAAUUGGAGAUCGUACAAAGAUAUUGGCUACAAAUAACGUACCUGUCUUGCACGAAGCUAAUGAUAUUUAUUUAUUGAGUGGUGGUGCAAUUAUCGAGCAUGGUGAUUUUGAAACCGUUAUAAAGAAUAAUGGUGAAUUAACUAAAUUAAUCGAUGAAUAUGGUAGAAAAGAUGAUAAUUUAGUUAUAACUGAUGACAAAGCUGAAAAGAAAGCAAAAUCAACCAAACCACAAUUGUCUAAAGCUAUAGUUGAAGCAUUUGAUCAUGUGUAUGAUUUUUCAGAUGAACAAGACACAUCUGAACUCAAGAGUAAACCAAAAACUUAUCAAGAAGAAGAUAAAAAAUAUAAGGGUCAAGUUACCUGGAGAACAUUCCACAGAUAUCUAGUUGCUUGUAAUCUCAAAAUAUUUUGUUUGUUUUUCAUUUGCAUGUUUUUAAAAUCAUUAACCUAUCUUGCUCAAAAAGGGUUAUUAACUUAUUGGUCAAAUUUAAAUGAUCAAGCAGGUAGAACCGUUGAUCCACAAUUAUAUUUGAGUGUUUAUAUAGUAUUAGGUGUUUUAGCUGGUGGUUUUGUAUUUAUUGGUUAUUUUGUAUUAUGGACUUAUUGUAUAGUUAGAGGUGCUGCUUAUUUUUUCAAUGAAAUGGCAAAUUCAAUAUUAAGAUCACCGAUGACUUUCUUUGAUACUACACCAGUUGGAACUAUACUAAAUAGACUUACUAAAGAUAUUGGGGCUUUAGAUUUAAUGUUACCAUUUUUUAUAAUUGGUUUUGUUGGAGAAAUUUUGAGUAUUGUAAUCACAUUUUCAGUCAUUAUUGGAACAUUACCACAAAUGGCAAUUGUUAUAUUAUUAUUAAUGAUUGUUUAUGAUUAUUAUAGAGCCAGAUAUAUACCAAGUCAAAGAGAAUUGAGAAAUCUAGCAUCAAGAAGAAAUUCACCUGUUUUGUCCAAUAUUCAAGAAUCUUUAAAUGGAUUAGAUACAAUUAAAGCAUUUGGUCAAAAGGAAAGAUUUAUCUAUAAGAAUAAGAAAUUAAUUGAUCAACAAACUGUAAUUAAUUUGGUCACUGUUGACGUUGGAAGAUGGUUAUCAAUGAGAUUAGAAUCAAUUUCGGCAGUUGUAUUAUUAUUUGCUUCAAUAUUUUUAGUCUCUUCAUUAAGAGGUAAACAUCCAAUUAUUCCAAGUUUAUUAGGUUUGAUCAUGAACUAUGCAUUAAGUAUUACUCAAACGUUGAGUGAUUUUGUCAAACAAUAUGGUGUACUACAAGCUGAAGGUGUUACAUUAGAACGUGUCUUUGAAUAUUGUAAUUUGCCUAGUGAAGCACCAAUGGAAAUUGAAGAGACUAAGCCAAAUAAAGAAUGGCCCCCAAAUGGUGUGAUCAAAUUUAAUGAUUAUUCGACAGCUUAUAGAGAAGGUUUAAAUAAUGUUCUAAAUAAUUUGUCAUUUGAAAUAGGUUCCAAAGAAAAGAUUGGUAUCGUUGGUAGAACAGGUGCUGGUAAAUCAUCAUUAACAUUAGCUUUAUUUAGAAUAAUUGAAGCUACUAAUGGUAAUAUUGAAAUUGAUGGAAUUGAUACAAGUACUUUAGGAUUACAUGAUUUAAGACAUCAUUUAACAAUUAUUCCACAAGAUGCACAUACUAUAAAAGCAUCGGUAAGAGAGAAUCUUGAUCCAUUUGGUGAUUAUAAAGAUGAGGAAUUAUGGAAAGCAUUAGAAUUAGCUCAUUUGAAAGAACAUAUAAGUAAAAUGGAGACAGAACCAACAGAAGAAGAAAAGAAAGAAAGUAAAUUUCCAGAUGAAUUACCUAAGAAGACAGGAUUAGAUGCAAUAAUAGAAAAUAAUGGGUCUAAUUUGUCAUCUGGUCAAAAACAAUUAUUAUGUUUAGCAAGAGCUUUAUUGAAUGAAAAAAGUAGGAUAUUGGUUUUAGAUGAAGCUACAGCUGCUGUUGAUUUCCAAACUGAUAAAAUUAUUCAAGAAACUUUAAGAAGUGAGUUUAAAGAUAAAACUAUUAUAACAAUUGCACAUCGUAUUGAUACAAUUAUGGAUAGCGAUAAAAUUUUAGUUUUAGAUAAAGGUAAAGUUGCUGAAUUUGAUACUCCUCAAAAUUUAUUGAAAGAUAAAUCAAGUAUUUUUUACUCACUAUCAAAAGAAGGUGGAUACAUUAAAUAA